AUGUAUAAUUCCAUUGGACAGUUGACACACCAGCUGCACGGUAAAAAGAAGGUCAAGACAGGCUGUAAAACCUGCAAGACACGCCGAGUCAAAUGUGACGAAAGUCGGCCAGCCUGUAGACGCUGUAUCUCAACCGGCCGGGUUUGCAGCGGCUAUGGCAUUUGGGGAGGUGGUGGUAGCCCGUACAACCAGCCGCAGAGCAACCGGGCACUCUCAGUCUACUGCACCCCGGUUCCAGCCGGCAACCUCAGCCGCGAGGAGCAAAUCCAUUUCGACUGGUUCUUGGAUAAGACUACGAGGAAGUUUGCAGGCCUUUUUGUAUCCGACUUUUGGGAGACUCUUGUGUUCCAAGCAAGUGCUCAGGAACCUGCUGUUCGCCAUGCCAUCGUGGCCUUGUCGGCAGCGCAUAGAAUUGAGCAGGGCGAAGGCCUAUGGGCUAUACCCACGACGUAUGGUUUUGAUGUGGAGCAGUUCACACUACAACAGUAUAACAAAGCUAUCACACACCUUCGGAUAGUUACGGGCAGCACCGGUAAAGAUAAUCUACGCGUGGCUCUGAUCACCUGCAUGAUCUUUGUGACACUAGAAUAUCUACGUGGGCAGUAUCAGAAGGGCAGCACGCAUUUAUAUUACGGAAUCCAAUUACUUUCUAAUAUCUCGGUCCUACAACCUCGAUCUUCAAUAUCACCUAAUAUACUGAGUCAUGCGGAGGACUUUGCUCAUAAUGCCUUGAUCGAUUCAUACUCACGUCUUAGCAUCCAGGCUGCCAUGUUCGGCCAUGUACCAUGGCAUAUGUUUGUUAUGUCACGAGACCCGCGAGAAAAUGCCCUUCCAUACACAUUUUCCUCUCUUUUAGGAGCGCGACAGACUCUGGAUGAUCUACUAAACAGAAUCCACUGUCUAGAACGACAUUGUUACCGUCUACGGGCGUCGCAACUACCUACAAAAAACUUAGAAACUUUGGACAUACAACGCAAGAUUCUCGAUGAUCUAUCCCUCUGGCGCAAGAUAUACGAUGCCUCUCUCGCCCGUAUUGAGGCAGAUGCAGAUCGCAAAGAGAAGUUUGGGCUUCGUCUCUUAACCAUAUAUUACGAGCUAGCCGUAGUCAUGGCCUCAGUCUGCUUAUCGGAAGAUGAGAUUAUUUUUGAUUCACAUACGGAGAAUUUCAUCGCAAUAUUGACCGGCUUUGUAAAUUUGUGGAACUACUGGGCAAGUUUGACUACGGAAAUCAAAGAAGUGAAGGACAUGCUUUGCGACCCUGAGUCCGAGAAGUCAUGCCACGGGUUUACCGUGGAAUCGGGUUUCAUCCUUCCUAUGUACUACACAGCGCUCAAGUGUCGCAUUCCUCGCAUUCGAAGACUGGCCAUUCGGAUUCUACGGUCAGCUCCUCAUCGGGAGGGUGUAUGGAAUGGGCCUCUUCUCGCUAAAGUAUUGGAGGAGGUGAUACGAAUCGAAGAAAACGGAUUAUGCACCGUGGAUACAGGUGAUGAAGAAGACGCUGACCUCCAGAGUCCAAAAACUAAGGACUUUUUUCGGCCCAACAUAAACCUGUCGUCGCGAAUCUGGGAUGUGUCUGUCAUUCUCCCGGAUAGGGAUGAUGAUGACACGUUCAUGAGUUACAAAAAAAGGAUCGACAAUGGCCAGUGGAUCACAAUCAAACAGAAGAUCGCAAGUAGACAUUUUUGGCAGCCUAACUAA